ACAUACAACCCCAUAAAUAUCUGACACCCCAAAUCAUCCACUGAUCUGAAAGAUGCAGAAAUCAACGGUGGGUAUUGAUUACUGGAUGAAAUGGCAAGUCCCUGUUUGUGGGUUGAUCAUUGUAAUCCCAGCUGCAAUUGCCAUCAAAAUGAUCAAGAAUAAGACCAUUAAUGGUGAAGAAGAUACCCAGAAUUCAGUAUUAUGGGUUCCUUGCUGGAGACAGCUCAGCCCCAAAUGGCUUCUUCUCUACAGAGCUUUCGCUUUUCUUACUAUGGCUAACCUUCUCUUCCAGAUGCUUCAUUCCUAUGGCCCUUAUGCUUUCUAUUUUUAUACCCAGUGGACAUUUUCACUGGUUAUGGUUUAUUUUGCGCUUUCUUCUUCUUCUUAUGCUUCUUUAUUUAUUCAUGUAGAUUGGAACCAUUGUUUCUGCCCGAGGAUGUUUAAUGUUACAGAGAAAUCUCCAACAGGAAACGCAGAGAAAGACAAAACUCUGAAAAACGGUUCAGAAGGCAAUGAAUCUGCUGCUGUUAUGGAUUCAGGGAAGGGAGAAAGCCUCACAAAGUUGCAAAAUCAUGUUAGGAAUGAUGAAACUCGAGUCGGAUUCUUAGGGUCACUUAUGCAAAUAAUUUACCAGGUAAGUUUGUGUCCUUCAAUCAUUCGGUGCUUGUUACUAGAUGUUCCGGUGUUGUAA